CUUGAGUCCCACAGAGUCCCGACACGAAAGAACUAGACGGUAUCAGCACCACUGACGUUCUUGCGGUCUGGUCUUUAUUCUGGCGAAUGCCAGGGGGGCCGCGGGCCCUCGUGGGCCGUUUGAGUCGGUCGGCCAAUCAGAGAGCGGUAUUAUUGUCACAGCCUUGCGGCCCCUUCAUCGCAAUCGGCGGCCCCAUAACAUCUCGGCCCACUUUCAAGCGACAAUAAUUUUCUAUGGCCAUCUGAAAGCCACAUUUCUCCAAGUCCCUCAACCCUUGAUUAUUUGUUUGCAAAAGUUUAAAUGAAGCAAUGACUUGUGGGGAUUUCAAGACCGAAUCGAGUAGGAUAGACCGCGUCUGCGUGUUUGGGGUUGUUGGAAGUUUGAAGCUAUAGGCCUACUUUGGAAGUUGGAAGCUAUACUCUGUCGCCAUCAGUGAUGGCGACAGAGAAAGAGGUCCGUGUUAACUUGGAUUCGAUUGACGUGAUAGACAGGGUUGCGGAGAAGAGCGAGCUCCUUUGUACUUUAACUGCAUGACGUUCUGACUCUGUCUGUAACCAUGGCGAUGACCACCUCAGGGGCUGGAGUUGCAAGCCCCAAGAGCGAGGCAGUAGUCAAUGAACUGCAGGAGUUGACCCUUCAACCUGCAAACAAGCUUCUGCCAAUCAGAGAGAGGAAGAACAUCCUCCAGCUGAAGCUUCAGCAGAGGAGGUCCAGACAGGAGCUGAUCAACCAGGGGAUCAUGCCUCCAUUAAAAGGUUCAGCAGCCUUCCAUGAUCACAGGAGAAGCCUGGAGCGAGCCCGCACGGAGGACUUCCUGAAGACCAAGUUCCGCUGCCGUCCAGAGCGAUCUGAGCUAAUCAGGAUGCACAUCCUUGAGCAGACACGCGCGGAGCCCUGCCUGCAAGCCACGCAGCUGCAGCUGAAAAGGGCUCGCCUGGCCGAUGACCUCAACGUCAAGCUCUCCCACCGUCCCGGGCCUAUGGAGCUCAUCCACAAGAACAUCCUACCCGUCCACUCCAGCAUCAAGCGGGCCAUCAUAGACUUCCCCAAGGCGUCGGGCGAGAGCUCAUCCUUCGACGAGGACAGUAGUGGCAGUCUCUCCCCGGAGCCGCUCUGCUCCCAGGAUCUCCCCGAGGCUCCGGGACCUCUGCUGUCUCCCCUGGGAAGCCUUACACCCUCCCCCACGCAGUUCCUCAAUCAGGUCCCGCCAUCAGCCUCUUCUAUCCCGACCAAACCCGCCUCCACCACGAAUCUGACCAAUGAAACGGCAGCGCUGCCUUCUCACAGAGAUCCCAGUCCAACAUCAAUGAAGUCCCAGCAUAAGAUGACCUCUUCGGCCUACAGACCCAAGAAGCUCAAGGACCAGCCCAAGAUCAGGAAGCUGAAGUACCACCAGUACGUCCCGCCGGACCAGAGGGGCGGCAAGGAGCCCCCCGCUGCCCCCCAGCUGGACUCGUCCUACGCCAAGCUGCUCCAGCAACAGCAGCUCUUCCUACAGCUGCAGAUUCUCAGCCAGCAGAAGCUCCAGCAGAAACUACAGCAGCAGCAGAACCAUAACACCAACAGCGUCAACUACGCCACCAUCCUGCCUGCCAGGCCCAAGGAUCACCAGUCACCUCCGGCCACCUCCUCUUCCUCCUCCUCCUCUUCCUCCUCCGCCAUCAUCAUCCCCACCUCUGCUACCGCCCCCUCCUCCCCACCCAGAAACCCCAGUGCUCCCCCUGCCAGCCAGAGCACUCUGACCCACCUGAGGGCUGCCUCGGCUGGGGAGACCAUGCCCCAGACUCUGCCCUCCAACCUGGAUGAGAUGAAGGUGGCGGAGCUGAAGGCGGAGCUGAAGCAGCGUCACCUGACCGUCUCGGGCACCAAGAGCGACCUCAUCGAGCGUCUCAGGGCCUAUCAGGAGCUGCACGCCGCGGCAGGCAGGGGCGGGGGCAUUGUCACGGGCACCCCCUCCGCCACCAUCACCUUCACCGUCCCCUCCCCCUCCUCACUCCUGCCAGCAGGGGGAGCCGCAGAGCCAGAGGCCCGGGGCGUGGGUGGAGGAGCUCUCGGUAACCCUACACCACCACCACCCCCAUCCCAGCAGGGACACAUCCAUCCAUCUCCUGCAGCAGCUCAUUGGACUGACCCAGGCUCUAGCACCAUCCCCUCCCUCAGCCACACUGCGACCCCACUACCACCACUUCCACCACCACCACCACCACAGCAAGUCAUGACCUUUGGCUGCCUCCACCCCUCCUCUCCUGUUUCUCCAUCACCUCACGCCGUCUCUCCGUCUGCCAUGAGUCCAGAGAACGACUACACCAACACCACCACCAAUGGGCUGGACGAGAUGGCGAGGUCCCCUCCAGUGCAGCGGUGCCUCCACACCCAUGCUCCCGUCGCCACCAUCAAAGAAGAACCCACUUCCUGUCUCCCUACAGCCUACUCCACCCAGAAACUCUUUGUGUACUCCCCCACCGACUCCAGUGCAGCGUUCUCUCCUCCCAGCAGUACCAUGGCGGGCGCCACCGUCCCUGCGUCGAUCAGCACUCCUACUCCUGCCAGCAGUGGUGCGGGCGCUCAGAGUGCGACGGGGAGCGGGGCGGCCGCGUCGCCCUGCGGGGACCGGGACAGGAUGCUGCGGGACAAGGACCGGCAGAUUGAAAUGCUGACCCGGAUGCUGAACCAGAAGCAGAGGCUGGUGGAGCUGCUCCGGAUGCAGCUGGAGCAGGGCAACCGAGGAGGCCGACUAGGUGGUGGUGGGGGUGGCGGUAGGGCAAAGGUUCCAGAAGCCAAGGUCCUCCUCCAUAUCAAGAAGGAGCCCGGCGAGACCUCCCCAGUCUGCCUCGCUUCCCCGCCAGACCACCAGCCCCUGAGGUCGGGGCCUCCCUACGCGACGCCGCACCACGUGGCGGUCAAGCAGGAAAGCGCGGCGGUGACGGACGUCAUGGAGACGCAGCUGCCGCCGUGUCCCGCGGGGGGGCUGUCCCUCGCUGCCUUCCCCACCCUGGGUCCUGGGGGUCCCCCGGGACCUGGGGGCCCCCCGGACGGGUCGGGAAACCACGCCAACGGGCCCGAGCAGCCGAUACGUCUGCAGCAGGCGGCGCUCCAGCUGGCCCAGCAGAGGGCUAUUCAGAAGCUCCUCCUACAGCCAAAGAACCAACAGACCCAGCAGCACCUGCUUCAGAGCCCCGGCCAACAGAACCAGCAAAACCUCCAGCAACGCUCCCAGCAGAGGAAGAAGAAGUCCCACAAGCAGCAGCUCAAACAACAGCAACAACAACAACAACAACAACAACAACAACAACAACAACAACAACAACAGCAACAGCUACUUUCUCAAUCACAGCCACAGCAGCAGCAGCCACAGCCCAGGCAGAGCCAAACCCAGCCCAAGCAACAGGUGCCGCUGAGGCCGCAGCAGUCAGUGAUGCUGCAGAGCUGCACCCAGCAGCAGCAGCAGCAGCAGCAGCCGAUGCAGCAGACAGCGGUGCCGCGCUGCCACCAGAGCCCCAUCCAAGCCAAGGUUCAACAGUUGCUGCAUGCCAAGCAGCAGCAAACACUGAUGCAACAGACAGCACAGCAGGAGAAUCAGGGUUCUCAACUUCUCCUCAACCAGCAGAAUGGCUCCGCCACCUCCUUCAACCUGGACUACCUGAAUACGGUCGUUUCCCCGGCCCUGCUUACCGACGGCAACGGAAACCACUUCCUGGUUGCACUGACCAAUCAUGUGUCCGAGUUACAAAAGACCAGCCCAUCAGAAAACAUUGCAACCACACAAAACACUCCAAAGGGACUCCAAGCUACACCUUGGCUCCCUGGCCAGUUAGCUCCUCAGCCAGAUUGUCCUCACAACCAAUCAGAAGACAGGACAUACCCAGGGUCCUUAAAAGUACCAAACAGAAAGGACGCGGGACCUGAAGUUGCAAUCGACCAAUCCCAGCAGGAGGGCAUUCAUUCCCUGUCAUCAUUCUUUGACAAUGAGACUUUGGGGAAAGACGCGUUGUUACCCUCGGUAAAAACGGAGGAGGAGGAGGAGGUGUUCUCAGUCCUGGACCACAGCCUCCUGUUCAGCCCUCUGUCUCCGGCCUCUCUGAGGACGCCAGGCUCCUCUCCUGGUUACAGAGAAAACCCAGACGACCUCUUCGACAUCCUGUUUCAAACCGGAGACCCCUCCCUGGAUGGCCUGCACACCAGCCCCCCCCUUCCCCCUAUUCCUCCUCCUCUCUCCCCCCUACAGCGGGAGCUGUCCUCUCCUGCCUCAGCACCACCCUUCGACCACCUUCAUUUCCCACACGCGAUAAACAAAGUGUUAUCUUAUCUUAACACUCGGCAACAUCCGACCUUAUGUCCCCAAGAGGUGCCUGGACCGGCCUCCAACACAACCCCCAUCCCCUCCUCCAUCACCAUCAAAGAGGAAACACUGGCGGACGAAGAGGAGGAGGAGGAGGCGGAGGUGCGGGGAGCCUUCCACAGCAGCGGGCGCUUGGAGGACUUCCUGGAGAGCGCCACGGGGACCCCCCUGCUGGGGGCGGAGCCUGGCAGCCCGUUGACCUUGAUUGACGACCUCCACAGCCAACUGCUGAGCUCCUCCAGCCUCCUGGAGCACCCGCCCUCCCCCAUGGACACCUUUGACCUGCACGGCUGCCUGGCCGACCCCCACCCUGGCCCGAAUCGCUUCGAGGCCCCCGGGGGUCAGAUGGUGGACAUGAUGGAGUGGCUGGAUCUCACAAUGGGCACGGGGGAGGGGCUUAGCGAGGACACGCUCCCGACCGACUUGGCUCCGUUGGCCCCGCCCACGCCCGUAAGCGUCUUCUCCGCAGAUUUCCUCAACAUCUCAGACCUGCAGAUGGGAUGGGAUUCAUGCUUGUAAGGGAGCAGCACUUGCAACAGUCAAUGGGGUCCUCGGAGAAGGCCUGUGAUUCGCUGUGUUGUCAAUCAUCUCGGCCAAUCAAUGUUAAUGAUUUGUGUCUCAUACAGAAAGUAAGUCAAAUUACAUAUUUUCCUACUGUAUAAAGGUCAAGUUGGACCUGUUUCUUGUCCUAUUAUAACUGUAAAUCUUAAUUCCCAAAAUUGAGGAGUGCGAAACUAUGCGACCAUUCUAUGUAAACGUAUCUCACUAGUUUGUUUCUAGCAGAAGUGAGAAUGGAUCCACUGCCAUCACUUAUGGAGUACCGCCCAUAUAUGGACAGUCCUUUUUCAGGUCUUCUGUACAGGAACACAUGCGAGAGAAUAUAAAACGUUGAAUCACAAUAGUUGGUCUGUACCUUUCAGUAAAGCAAUAUCAUGCACUCGAUUAUGCAAUGUCUGACAAUACUUUUCAGGCAGGUUCUACGGUCCUUAAUCAGAUUAAUUAGUAGUGACUUUACAGAGAUGAUUCAUGUUGGAGGUUGAAAGGGCCCCAAAACUUCAGGUCACAUUCAGACAUUUCAAUACAGCGCCAUUAACCUUUUCUAAUUUCCUUUCAGGAUGAAACAGCUCAUCUUGUUAGAAAUGCAGCAGCGUCAGCACCCUUGAUGAUUGCCUAAGACAAGGACUUAUCCUUGGCAAGUUUUAAAUGCAGACAGGAUGUGUGGUCUGUGUGAUUAUAAGUCAAAUUUUCUUGUUUAACUCAGCUAUCGAUUGAUAAUCUACAUUUAGGACUCUUAUCAGUUGGUUUGUUAUCCACAAUUGCUCCCUAACGGACUGGUUGUGGAGGCUUGAUAUAUUUCUGCCUAUUUGCACUUUCCUCCCACUGUCAAUCAAAUGACGUCAAACAGCUUUAACACACAAAGUUUACAAAGGAGAAGUCCUCAAUGGGUUCAUGGGGUAUCAAUACUGGGUUGUGGAAAAUAGCUGCCACAGUCACACCAGUGCAGUUUUACAAUGUAGCCAUAAGCCAUAAGAGUGGAAAACUCUGUGUUAACUUGUGUUGUAUUUUAUCUUUAUUAACAGUGAAUGUAUCACAAACAAUACAUAAUUAAACGUAUUAUGGAAAGGAAUCAAAUUUAGCGAGAGACAUUUUAUAAUUUGAUACAUUCAUUUACUAAGUUAUUAACCUGCAAAACUUUUGAUCAUAUGUAUCAUUUGUUUUUUUCGUGCUUAUUCGUUUGCAUUUUGGUAAAUUAUCCCGAUGAUUAAAAUGACCGCAAAGUUAAUUGUUUGUGAAGCAGAAGGAUUUAGUUUUAUGAGCAUCAGGCUUUUGCAGCCAGAAUAUAUUUUUAGCAUGCCAUCAUUUAAAGCUCAUGGUCUUACUUAAUUAUUACUGAUUAUGCAAUUUAAUUCUCCUGAAUGUAAAAAAAGAAAGAAAAAUUAGCACAAUAGGGUUUUCGUUCAUCAACUUAAAUCUUACACAGAAUGGUGCAUGCUGUAAAAUACAAAUAAAUAUUUUAUGUUGAUUGGGUGCUACUUAAUUUUUACCACCAGAUUUGUGGUUUCACUGUGUGUGUGUGUGUGUGUGUGUGUGUGUGUGUGUGUGUGUGUGUGUGUGUGUGUGUGUGUGUGUGUGUGUGUGUGUGUGUGUGUGUGUGUGUGUGUGUGUGUGUGUGUGUGUGUGUGUGUGUGGAUGUUCACGCAUGUGUCAUUAAGUUACACACACACGACAUGCCCACACACACCCCAUACAAAAAUAGAGAUAGCAAAGGAGGGUAUAUGGCGUUUUACCCAUGCUGUAUUUUUGUAAAACACUUAAUUCGUAUGUAUUGUAAUAUUCUAGACAAUGUCUGUUCUUGUACUGCAUCAGUACUUUUGCCAAUGUGUUCUCCAUGGACUAUCCUCUCACAAUGGCCUUACAUGAUGCAAUCUCACUGAGUUUGCGAAACUUAAACAAAUCCUUGUGGUUGUGAAUUGUGUUAUAUAGAGAGUAGAUUCCUUUAUAGACGGAUGAAAAUGCACUGUAGAAAUAUUGAUAUGCUAUAAUGUAUUGUAUUUAGGACUAAUCUGUGACAAACAAAUUAUCGUUUGUUGCUAUUUUCUGUGCUAUACAAAGUUGUGUCUCUCACCAAGUUAAACAUGCCGUUUUGGAUCAUCUGUAAAUGCAUACAUGGGUGGAUUUGAGGUUGUUGGUCGUUUUCUGUAACAAACCAGGGUUUCAUGGAACUGAAAAUAAUCACAAACAUUUUCAAGUAUAAAUCUAGGUUCUAGUUCCUCCUCUACAUCAAAGGCUUAUUGGCCAAGGCCAAUUCAUGCAGCUAAUGUUGCACCAACCUAGCUUAUCCAGGGAACUAUGCUCGUUUCUAGUUGGCAAGAUUUUUUCUUUUUUUUUUUCUUUCUCUAUCCUUUUUGUCUCAACAUUGCACUCAAUGCAAGCCAACAAGUUAAAGAAAUUCUAAGAUAAUUUAGUUAAACAAGUAGCAGCUCGAUAAGGUCACUGUUGCUCGCAGUCGAGGGGCCAUAUUCUAACACACUCUCACUCUUAUCAGGAUGUGAACACUCAAAAAUAGUAAUUGUGCUACGCCUCUCUGUAAGCAAAUUAAAGUUGAUUGAACUUCAGGAUUUUUUCUUCUCGGACGUUUCUUUUACUUUAAGUGAGUUUUAGUUUUAACCAUUCAGCAGAUAUCAAGCACAUAUUCACUGUGAUGGGCCAGCAAACGCUUCAAAGGUUGGCAUUGACUCAACCUUGUUUGACUUUGGGAAUACUCAAUUUAAGAUGCUUUCUGCCUUAAUCUAUUUUGUUGAUGUUCUUGCUAAUUAUUUGCUAUGCCACUUCAUGUACAUACAUAGCCUUCUGUAAGUGUACAAUUUCCUUCAAACAAGUUUGUAUUGAUUCAAACACAAGACAUUUCUCAAAUUUGUAAGGCAUUUGUUUGCAGCAAUAUUUGCAUUUAUUGAAUAAUAAAGUGGAACGAAAGUGAAAUGAUUAAAAUAAAUAACACAAAAAUAUUCUUUGAUCUUUUGUUGUUCCUAGUUAAAGGUUGUCCUUAGUUAGGAGAGAGGAAGUUGGGAAUAUGCUUAUGUCGGCUGUGCUGACAUGUUGUGCACUCCCUUUUAUCUACAAAGACUUGCCGUAUUGCUUUUUUGUCUUUCCUGGCUUUUCAUUGUAUAUCGUUUGGUAUCGCCACCACCUCUCUAUCUCUCUCCUACAUGGCUCCCCCACUGUUUCACUGUGUUUGUAUGUGGGUGUUUCUUGUGUGUGUGCAUGUGGGUGUUUGUGUGUGCAUAAAAUCCUAAAAAAAAACUGAAGCAAAGAGACAAAGGGGUAAUGAAGAGCGCGGCACGUUGGAUAAAAUCGCUGAAAUGCAGAUUGUCACGAGCGCUUCCUGGCCGGCCUUAGUUAUUUCUAUAGCACAGUAUACACGGCCAACCAGAAACGUAGCACGGCAAAUCAACACCGCAGGGCCUGCACACUUAGAGAGAGAGCGUAAGAGAGGUAAUACUAUUUACGGUGUCCUAGUGGGAAAUAAAACCACAGCGUGAAGCUUGCACU